GCCUGCUGCAAAGGAGGCGAGCCGUCACACAAAAGCAAGAUGGAGGAUCUCACAGUCGAAGUAUGCGGCGAAAACGGAGCAAAUUAUAAGGCCUUUGUCACCGACGUCUUUGAGGACGAGGUUCUGGUACAGUUCGAAAAUGAUUGGCAAGCAGAAGCAAAGUUCCCAUUUUCUCAAGUACGUCUACCUCCAAAAGAAGGUCCGAAAACUGAAUAUGCAGAGAAUCAGGAGGUUGAAGUACUUUCUAGGACUAAUGAGCAUGAACAUUGGGGUUGGUGGAAGGCAACUAGUAAGAUGAGCAAAGGAGGUUUUCAAGUAGUUGAAUAUUCAGGCUGGGAAUGUGCUUAUACUGAAAUUGUAGGUAGCGAGCGAGUGAGGCCCAAAAAUCCUAAUCCCCCUAUUGAUAAAAAUACAUUUCACAAGAUCGAAAUCGAAGUACCUGAAGAUCUGAGAGAAUUUGCCAAAGUGGAAAAUGUACAUAAGGAUUUUCAAAAAGCGAUAGGUGCGGCUGUGUGCCGAUAUGUGCCUGAACGAGGAGUAUUGCUGGCCAUCUCCCGUCACGAAAAUUUACAUCGUCACAGUAGCGUGCUCCAAGAAAUGCACUUUAGAAGCUUAUCGCAAAAGGUAUUACUUUUAAAAAGAACUGAAGAAGCGAUACGUCAACUGGAGUCAACUAAACUUCAGACGAUUGGGGGCAAAUUUAGAUCUUCAAACUUUAUAUAUCAGCGUGUCUCAGACUUUGAGGCAGGAGUGAAAACAAAUUCAAGAUACACAGAUGAAUUUAAUGUACGGGAAGACCUGAUGGGUUUAGCAAUUGGUGCUCAUGGCGCAAACAUUCAACAGGCAAGGAAAGUUGAUGGAAUUACGAACAUAGAACUAGAAGAAAAUUCGUGCACGUUCAAAAUAUAUGGACAGACACACGAAGCUGUUAAAAAGGCUCGUUCCAUGCUUGAAUAUAGUGAAGAAUCUAUACAAGUUCCGCGUGUUUUGGUGGGCAAAGUAAUUGGAAAAAAUGGUCGUGUAAUUCAAGAAAUAGUAGACAAAAGUGGUGUAAUAACAACUGGUUCGAGUGGGAAUGUAUAUACUGAUAGAGUACGUGUAAAAAUAGAAGGAGACAACGAACCUCAACCUACAAUUCCAAGAGAAGAGGGUCAGGUGCCCUUCGUCUUUGUUGGUACUGUUGAAAGUAUUGCUAAUGCGAAAAUGUGUUUGGAGUAUCACUUGGCGCAUUUGAAGGAAGUAGAACAAUUACGGCAAGAAAAAUUAGAAAUUGACCAACAACUAAGAAGUAUACAUGGAUCUACCACGGGACCAACGCCCAACUUUCCUCCAACAAGACGAGGAAUGAUUGCAGGCCCAGAGGAAGGUGGUGGAGGUCGAGGAGGUCGUGGGGGUCAAUCUCGUGGACGUGGUAGCAGGGCUAGAGUUUCUACCAGACACAAUGCCGGAUUGCGUCGAGAUACUUUAGAUGGUAGUGAAGAUCGUGUAAGAGAUCUACCUCCAAGAGGUGGCCACCAAGGUAGUGCCGGAAAUUCAGGAUACAUGGGUGGCAGACAAGGUCGUCCUCCACCUCAACGUAGAGAUCGUAGGGACGAACGUCGUCGAACUACCGAUGAUGAAGACACGGUUCUUGAUAGCCAAGAUGUUUCAAGCAUUGAUAGAGGCAGCAAUGCCGGCCCAGGCGACCAAUCAACAGUAACUAGUAAAGAAGGAACACCAGCAAAUGACAUUUCUGCUACUAACAACAGUUCCCAAGGGCCCAAAGGCCAAAGAGAACCACGGGUACGCCCUCCUCGUAUGCAACAGAGCAAUAAGCCUAAGGAAGCUCUGGUUAAUGGUACCAGUGGCUAAAUAACCAUUGUGGUCAACACCUGCUACUUAUGUAUAACAUUACACCCGAUGAGAGCUAUUAACACCCAGCACAUAACAUGACGCAUACCUACGCAAGGACUACACGAUUAUGGAACGCGACAUGAUUAGUCUACGCUCGUUGUUAAGACUGUUUGCUACCGAUAAGAAUACGACAAUUGUUUAAGAAAUCGUCAUUCUCCUUAAACACAUUUAAGGACACAUAUUAAUAUCCAUGCAUGGUUUAGUUUAAUGAUAGUAAUUAUGCUAUCAUGUUUGAUAUAUGGAUACAUUCAUUGGGAGGUAGUAGAAGCAUUUGGUAAAAAGGAAUCCCCUGAUUGUGAAACUGUGCCUCAUUUUUAUACCGAGCUCCCAACUUGUGUGACAGCAAUUUGGACGUACUAUAAAGUACCUCUUAAUCACUUGAAAUGAUCCAAUAAUAGGCUGGAUAUACGUGGCUCGUACGUCAAUUAUCAAUUUGAGCAAUUUUCGUCUAGAUGUGUCGCUAUAUUUAUUGCAAGAAAAUACAAUACGUACGGAAACACAUAAUGUCAUCAAUUUCAAUGUUCUUUCUAUGUUUCCUUCAUGAAUUCUUGUUAUAAAAAGUUUUCAAUAUAGUUAAAGCUAUAUUACGUAUAGAGGUACGAAUUUCGUGUUAUUUUGUAUUCGUUUUUUCUCUUUUUUUUUUUUUUUAAGCGACACUUGAGCCCACCUGCUGAAACUGUUUUGCGACAUAACUAGGACGAAACUUAUUGUGAUGCAGGAAAAAUGGAUUUCCGUUGUUAGACAUAACAAUGGUAGGCGGCAGCUGCAUGAAAUCUGAGUUAAAAGGUGUUCCCAAUGAUGUUCCUUCUAUUUACUUCACAAGAUUGAGUUUUUUUUUUGGUUUACGAUUAUUAGUAGAAUUAUUUAACGACACUAGAUUUUUAUGUUUCC